GACACACACAGCAUGAACAUAAAGUUACUCAACAUUUCUGGUGGUGCAGUGCGCAGCGACAUAACAUAUAGCCAGCUUUCAGUCGUUGCCCUUAGUUUUAUGCCGAUUUAAACAUCCCAGUAUACAACAGAUUUUAUCUGUAACGGAGGUAACCUACUAGAAACCUGACAGGGUAGCUUGGACUAGUGUGUACACCAGUGACACAGUGAGGACCAUAGCCGUGCAUUGGGGGCAGUUCCAUACAUAUCCAUCGACGAUGGAGAUACACCUUUGUCUUAUUUUAGCGGUGUUCGUGAGUUUCAGCAACGGUGCCCCACAUGACACGGGCGACUCGAAAAUUAGGGACGAGAGGGCUGCUCCGCCGAUAGGAAGGCCAAACGCGAACCCAUUGAAUUACUUGGAAAAGUUUGGAUACCUGAAGAAAUUAAAAGAAGGAGUACAACACGACGAUAAAUCAACUAACGCCGCUGUAAGAGCGUUUCAACGCAUGGCAAAUCUCGAGGAGACUGGAAAUAUGGACGAAAAAACUAUUGCCAUGAUGCAAGCACCUCGAUGCGGUGUAGAAGACGUUGUGGGCUCUGGCAGGAUAGACCAUGACAAGAAAACCAAAGCUACCGGGAAAUCGAAAUUUGCAGAUCGUCGUCGCUCGAAAAGAUAUACGAUUCAAGGUUCUAAAUGGUCUAAAACCGAUCUAACGUACAAAUUCUACAGUUACACCAACCAAUUAACCCAUGGUCAAGUAAGAAGCGCCAUCUAUCGGGCGUUCCAGCUAUGGGCAGAUGUCUCCCCUCUCACGUUCACUGAGGUGGCGUCUGGAGAUGCAGAUAUCAAUAUUGAGUUCGCCCGAUGGACUCAUAGCGAUGGUUAUGCAGCUUCGUUUGAUGGACCAGGAGGUACUUUAGCGCAUGCGUAUUUCCCAGAGAACGGAGACGCCCAUUUCGAUGACGAUGAAACAUUCACAGUGUACUCUGACGAGGGUACCAACCUAUUCAUUGUAGCAGCACAUGAGUUCGGUCACAGCUUAGGACUGGGUCAUUCCAACACCCAGGGUGCAUUAAUGUAUCCAUGGUACCAGGGCUAUGUCCCUGAUUAUCAGCUACCACAAGAUGAUAUUAUGGGAAUUCAAUAUCUAUACGGUAUGCCGGACGUGUCCCGUCCCGAUCCAGAUGAGGGUGGAGAUGGAUCUAAACCAACAAAUCCGGAUACCGAACUUCCGGAAAUAUGUACAGACCCCUUUGAUACCACAUUAAUGGGUCUGGAUGGUCGUACGUACGCCCUCCGCGGCAAAUACAUAUGGAGUAUAAACCAUAACGGUGUUGACCAAGGCUAUCCAGUUAAAAUAAAAGAAGUAUUUAAAGGCAUUCCUAGCAAUAUCAACGCCGCAUUUACUUCAAGAUGGACUCAGAGAACCUACUUCUUCAAAGGUACUCGUUUUUGGCGGUUCUACGAUAAGACGCUGGAGGCUGGCUAUCCGAAAUCUAUCGAAGGUACGGGUCUGCCUUCUAGUCCUGAUGCGGCCUUUGUAUGGGGCGGAAACGGUCGGGUGUACAUAUUCAAGGGGAAGAAGUACUACGUUUGGGAUGAAUACUCACAGAAAAUCGUGAGCGGAUUUCCCAAGAAAAUACGAUCACAGUGGGGUGGAGUUCCUAGUAAGAUCAACGCCGCCCUCCAGUGGGAGAACGGAAAGACGUACUUCUUCAAAGGCGACGACUAUUGGCGUUUUAACGACGCUACAGGCAAAGUUGACGAGAAUUAUCCCAAAUCCAAGGCCAAAUACUGGAUGGGUUGUAGCGGCUCUAGUCCUUUCGAUAAAAUAAUUGCACCACCGGAAUAAAGUGUCGUGAUAUCCCUGUAUUGUAGAAACAAUCGCGAUGUUUCAAAAGUUUACUGCCUUACUCUACAUUAUUAAGGCCAGUAGUAAUUUGUACUACCUCAGCCCCAACCACGCCUUUCUUUCUGUUUUAUACUAAAAUUGUGCGCAACAUACAUAUAAGUAAGGCGUAUACACGUAAUAGGAGAUUUGUAUGAAAAUCAUAUAGGUGAAAAUUAUGCACGAUGUCAAAACUAGAUUUGUAUCAAAUUGUACUUUUACAGCAGGAAAGUCGUCACCUGCGCACGCGUCAGAUGGCGUGUCAUUGUCUACAAACAAGCGUAUGUCUGCGUUUUUAGCGUGUGUUGUUAUCUUCGCUUGGGUCUCAAUUCCCGCGCGUGCGCAGGUGACGACCCUCCCGCUUUAAAUUACUGUCAGUAUUAUUUGUCUGUGUAAUUUUAUAAACAUUUUUUGUAAAAAAAAAUAUAUUACUCUAGUACGAAUAACUUUGCCUUUAUGUAAUGUCGAUUUGUCACCUGUCUUGUAAAUUGAUACCCGCAAUACAAUACGUUUUUCAAAAUACGUGUACUUUCAAUAUAAUUUGUACAGGUCUAAAAAAACCAUAGAGACAAGUUUAUAGUCAAUCAAAUUGCUCCAUCCGCAUCACAUGACUUUCUUUUCAGAAAGAAGCGAUCUUAUUUCUUUUCUUACGAGCGCGGUUAUACUAUGAUUAUCAAAACAUGUUCAUGUGGUCACACGGAUUUUGCUACAAUUCUUUGUACAGUAGUGUGUUAUGUGACAACCCACACACCAGGACAUAGUAUAUCAUGAUCUAGGUGCUAUAUUAUAUUAUAACAGCUUAUACUAUUUCUUGAAACGUUGUGUGGAGCACCGAUCAUUAAAAACGUAACCGCAUUGACAAUUCACAUAUCUAUAUCCGUAUCGCCAUUUGAAUACUGGCUAAACUAAACUGAAUCUCCAUAGUAACCAGUUAACAGAAAUGUCAAAACGAUUGGUAUUACAAAGAAUAUACGAUGAUGAAAAUCGAUGUAAGUCAUGCCUUAAAAGCAUUUUAUAAUUGAGCAAGUUAUAUAGAACCAGAUAAGCAAUAAAUCGAUAUACAAUAAUUGGGUAA